CCCUAAUUAAUUGAGAACAGGUACAUGGCGGUCGUUGUCUUAUAUGCCUAGGUACCUAAGUACCUACCUGUAUCUAAUGUAUACCUACCUAUCCUUAAUCCAACAUAACGAGCCUGUACUACUGCCCUACAUCACUGAUAUAAAUCUCAUCCAGCCCUUCCUAAAGCUCAACGGGAUACCUUUACCUAUACCACUUUAUACCCAUACUCAUACGCUGAACACUAAAUACUCCCAUUCUCGGAUUACGAAGCAAUGUCGCAGCCUCACAUCCGUGUAGCCAUCAUCGGCGGUGGUCUCGCCGGAGCUACGCUUGCUAAUGCACUCAUCAAGGUGCCGCAUCUAGAUCUUGACCUCUACGAAUCUUCACCUGAGUUAUCGGAACGUGGCGCUGCUGUUGGUCUUACCUCAAAUGCUCAACGAGCUUUGGAUCAGAUACUUCCAUCGAUGAGGCAGAGCCUGAACAAAGCUGGUGCUGUUCUGAUGAACUCCUCUCGCAUUGUUCUGGGAUCAGGGCCAGAUGCAGGGACUCUCGUUUUUGAUCUCGCAGGUGCUGGAGAUCCCGGUGUCGUGGUACAUCGUGCUUCGCUAAUGCGCGAAAUUAUCGCGCCGCUCCCUGAAGAGAUUAUACAUACAAGUCACGAGCUUUCUGAGAUACGUACUGAGGGAGACGAGCUAGAAAUUAUCUUCCAAAAUGGCUCCGUGAAACGCUUCGACGCAAUCAUUGGUGCGGAUGGAAUAUUCAGCAAGGUCCGUAACUAUGUAGUGGGCAACUUCAGCGAGCACCAAGCAUCACCUGCCGGCUUCUGGGACUGCCGACUUCUAAUUCCAUUUGAAAAAGCACGCAGUGUUAUCGGGGACCAGUUCUUUGAGCUGGACCGACAAUAUGGAUGGAUUGGUGACAAUGCAUUCAUCAUGCACGACGUCCUAGACAAUAGAACCAUGGUCCAGGUCGUGGUAUCAGCAAUCGAAAAGGACCCUCCGAACGACAGGAAACGACCACUAACUAAAGAGUUGCUUAUUGAAACGUCGAGUAACUGGCUUGAAGGUCCCAUCGCAAAAGGGGUGAUCGAUUUACUCCUUGAACCAGGUGAUCUUAAGGCCUACUCUCAGUGGGAGCAGAAAUCGACGCCCACCUACUCUAAGGGAAACGUCUGUCUCCUCGGUGACGCUGCACAUGCAACUACCCCAUGGCAGGGCUCUGGUGCCGGUCUCGCUAUCGAGGAUGCGAUGAUCCUGGGUCACCUUCUAUCUCACAUCAAAACCAGGGACGAACUCAACGCCGCUUUCAAGGCGUACGAUGCCGUCAGAAGACCACGAGGUCAACAGGUGAUCGACUCUAGCCGGGGAACGGGUCAGAUCUUUUGCGGGCAGAAUCAGGAGAUCGGCCUAGAUCCAGACAAGCUGAGAGAGCUCUUACCCGGCAGAUGGGGUUUCAUUAUGUCUCUUGAUGUCCAUCAGCACAAGCAAGACGCCCUCGAGGCGAUGCAGGCUAUUCUAAAAACAGAUGUGGAGUAAAUGAUACACGCCCGACAGCAUGAAACGUAAUUGGGUAGUAUUCCUUUACAGUUUGGCUAUAGGUAGUGAGGUCGACAGAUAUUGGACAUGAUUAACUCAUAUGCUAUGCUACCUGUAAUCUAUACCUAGGUAUGUUCGUAUAUUUCUGCUUAAAUGUGAUGAAGUCACGCUUUUGGCCGAAUCAAAUGUCGCGAGCACGUAGCAGCGGAACAAGAAUUUGUCAAUUUGAGCAUGGC